GUCCGUUAUUCAGACGGCCGACAUCUGACCGAACAAGGAGGAAGGUAGCGAUUUGUUCAAAGCCUGUACACACGUACACACACCAAAUUCAUGGUAUUGUUUUCAUCGUAAAGUUGACAACAAUGAAGACCGUAUUUGUUACUGUGGGUACCACAAGUUUCGAUGAGCUCAUUCUAACGAUAAAGACUCCUGAAGCUGUUAAGGCACUAAAGGCUCGUGGUUUUGAGCGUUUGGUUCUACAGGUGGGAAGAGGCUCUGUCCUUCCUGGUCCAGAGAGUGGUCUAGAUCUCACACUGGAGGCCUUCCGUUUCAAAGACUCAAUUUCUGAAGACAUCGCUCGUGCUGACCUUGUCAUCAGCCACGCAGGUGUGUUUAUCAACCAAGGGCCGCAUAAUCAUUCGGCACCCCCUAGUCACUGAUUAACUAAAUAUGAAAAAGAAAGUAGAAUCGUGUUUAUUUAGUCAUUCUUGGGUUGAUGUCGCUCAAUAAUUGGAGGUCGGUUCGUCAACAUGAGCUACACUCUGCCCUCUGCACCCCAGGGGCUGGGAGCUGUCUGGAGGCUCUGGGAGCGCGCAAGCCUCUUCUGGUGGUUGUCAACAACAAGCUGAUGGACAACCAUCAGCAGGAGCUAGCUCGACAGCUCCAUAAAGAGUCUCACCUGCUCUACUGCACCUGCAGUUCCCUUACGGACACCCUGAGAACAAUGGACCUGUCUGUACUGGUGCCUUUCCCACCUGCACAGACAACGCAUUUUGCGAACUUUCUGGAUAUAGCCCUUGGCGUACAGUGAAUUUGUCUGUUGAGUAAAUCAAUCUGUAACCAUAUAUAUUUAAUAGUACUUGCUCAUACAUUAUUGCUGAGAUUGUCCAAUAGAUUUGUUGAUUUUCUUUCGCUUUUGUAAGGUCAGAAAUGGGGUACCAUUGACUAUUAUUCAUGCAAAAGGUUGUAUAAGAUUGUAUAUUGUACAUAAUUGUAUAUUUUACAUUUAUCAUUAUUCAUCAUUUCAUUUAAUUAUUACUUUAUAUGUUAAAACAUGAAGUAGAUGGUCAUCUUGAUAGUUGUUAUAUUAAGUUUCACUCUCACGGUUUUCAGGUUUUGUAUUUUUAUUUAAUUUUGUAUUAAAAGACUUGAAUGAUUCAGCCAUGGGUCACCUGAGUCUAAACGGAGACAAUCCAGGGAAGAGUUAUCCUCUGUGAUGAAAACCAACACCUCUUUGGGUUUGUCCAACCCAAUGAGCAGAGGACUAGAUAGCCAAUCAGUCGUUGAAAACCACUGAGCAGGCUCCCUUCUCUUGACUGGAUUUAAUAAAGAAAGAAUUCUCUCCUCAUACGAUAUUUUUAUUUUCUAAUUUGUUUUAAAACUUCAAGAGUGAUGUUCGUACAUAUUAAACACGGAGAUGACCAGCAGUUUCUCGUCAACACCAGCUGUCGGGUGGAUGUGCUUCUGCAGUACCUGAGGACUAAACUUCACAUUCCUGAUGCAGGACUGGUUGAUUUGUGUGAUGAUCAAGGCGGACUGAAACUGCUCUUUCUUUCCCAACACCAUGAGUAUGCGAACAGAUUACUUCCUGCCAGAUGCUUCUUCAUUUCCUGCAUUGUCAAACGAAGCCCAAAGGAUGGGGCCUAUGUUUCCAUCCUCCCAUUGUUGGACAAUCCAGACCAUGAUCUCCUCGAUAAAUUGCAGUCUCAUGCUACCAGACUAGAAAAGCGACGCCAACAAGAGCUGUCUUCUCAGUUGGCCCACAGAGCCACAAAGAUGCCCCCUGUGGCCCCGUCCACCCAUUCUCGAACUAAAGGUCGGAGUCGAAAGCAGAUCCACGCCCCUGAAACUCAGCGCCAAAAAACGAAGAAAACCAAAGUGAGAACAUAUGGAUCCUGUUUACCGCUGGUGUGACAGCAGGGCUGAGGUCUGUUCUCCUUUGGUAUACCAUUGCACCAGUAUGAUCCAACUUUGUAUUAAGGUUAUAAGCAUACCUGUGCUUACCGAGGUCUGACAUCAAAUUGAAAACAAUCCAUGUAAUCGCUGCAGUUCUUGUAUCAAAGUUAAUAUCCCCUCCCUGAUUGAAAAAGUUUGGACAUUUCUUUAAAUAAUUUACAUGACCUGAAAGGAUUUACUUGUGUUACAGGAAGGAGAUACUAUCCAAAUAUUGAAAUAGCGUCUAUAUUACAAUGUAUAAUGUGUAUUGUUCUAGUAAGAUAAGAGUACAUUUGUAUAAUUUAUUCUUAUUUGAAUAGCCUACAUCUUCUCCCAUCAUAGAUCUAUUUAAUGUUGUGUGGGAGAAGCAGCCUUCAAAAUCUUUCGUGCAUUAGAGUUACUUCUGUCUUAGUGUAGCCAUUUUUCAUAAUUUCAGUGGAUCUAGGCUCCUCUGUUGCCUACUCUACAACCGCUCCAGCUAACUGGUUAAACUGUUUAAAAUAGACACUAUAUAUAGGCAUUAAAUAUUAAAUCCCAAAUCAUCGACACGUACUGUUAGUUGUGCGCAUUUAAACCAAAUAAGAAGCAGCACACAAUUUGACCUAUUUUAUUCUACUUCUGCCUUUGGCGUAGCUUCCUGUUCAGAUGGUAUCAGUUAGGUUCAUUUACUAAGGCUAUUCCACAAACAAUAUGUCAACGAUCAUGCCUGCCAGUGCCGCAAUAUAACUGUUAAUAAAAGCUUCAACAUGUACCAGAUUAGCAUAGAAGAUAGAUUAGCCUUUUUGUAAUGCUGUCCUGUUUAAGAAGUUCAAUUUUUAUUUUUUUAUUUGCAUAUAAAUAAGUGUGCUUAUAUUAGUUUAAAUCAUUGUCUGUUGGAUAAUAUUUGGCCGUUAAUAUUUUGUUUUGUGAUGUUGCUUUUCAACGUCACAACAUUUAGACCAAAAUGUUUUGUAAAAGCACAACUUAAUACCAUGUGAUAGCAGUAGAAACACAAAUUGUAGCCAAAUUUCCUGUUAUUAAAGAAGAUAUACAAUAUUACCCCUUUAUGCCUUUUAAAUCAAGAUAUAGUUAGCGUCUGCGUGCUUAAUUAUUCUAAAUUGAACAUAAUGCUACCAAACCAGACAUGAUGCCUGAAAUGGUCUCAUAAUUCUAAUUCUAAAAAUAAUUGAAUUAUAUUUAUACGGUUACAUAUUCUCUUAAGCAAACCCUGUAUUAGGUAAUUUCCUAAUGUAAAUAUUGACAGUCCAACCAUGUGAAUAUUGCUAUAUAUUCACAUGGUUGCACUGUUGAUACAUCAGUAGAAUUACAUUAGAUUAGCUAAUUUCCUUCCAAAUAGUGGUUGAUGUUUAAGACAAGUGGUUGAUGUUUUAAACAAGUUAAGGGGAAAUGAACCCUGGUGUGAGGUAAUCUUGACCAGUCCUGCUUGUCGGGACAUGUCUGUGUGUAAAUCUAACAAAAGAUGGUUCUGGGAACUGGAAUUGUGCAACUUUGAUUAUCACACUAGAGUGUGUCUGUCUGGUAAAUCCGACCAUGGAAAUGAGUGUUUGUAUUAUAUCUUUCAAUGGAUGAGCAAUGGGUUACAGUUAGAUUAAUGUGAUAUUUAGACCUACAAAAAUCUCUUUUAAACAAAGGUUUUAAGCUGUGUAGAAGAUUUUUUUUCUUAGAAGUUAUGAGAUGUUUUGCAAAUACAAAUAACUGAAUCAAACAGGCGAAUGGCUGCAAAAUCCUAUUUAAAAACGGCUUUUCUGUGA